UGUCACCCUGGGUAGAGUGCCGUAGCAUCACAGCUCACAGCAACCUCGCUCUUGGGCUUAAGUGAUUCCCUUGCCUGAGCUUCCCCAGUAGCUGGGAAUACAAGUGCUCGCCACACACCAGGUGGAACCCACACCCUCAGCGUAUGUGGCUGCUGCCAUAACUAGUGUGCUUCAGGCACUGAGCCAGCAGUGCCCUAUAUUUAGUGAUCAUUUAGGAGAACAGAGGCCACUGUCAGUACAAAGCAUCUCAUAGUAAUAGAUACGCCAUUAAGAAUUUCCUAUUGACAUUCAUGUUUCUAUUUUUUCACUAUUACAAACAAGACUGUAAUUAACACUGUACAUACUUUUUUGUGCAUAUAAGGACUUCUCUAAAAAUACUUAUUAGAAUUGCUAAAUUAAAGGUUACAUACAGUUAAUAUUUUGAUCAAUUCUGCUAAAUCUUUUCAAAAAUAUUGUACCAAUUUAUUUCCUGCCAACAGUGUAUGAAAACAGUCUAUUCCCCCACAUCCUUGAUAAAGAUAGAGUAACUUUUUUUUUUAAAGACCGAAGUCUCAUUUUGUCACUCUUGGUAGAAUGCCAUGGUGUCACAGCUCACAGCAAUCUUAAACCCUUGGGCUCAAGGGAUCUUCUUGCUUGAGUUUUUAAUUUUCAGUUGAGAAGGGGUCUCUUGCUCAGGCUGAUUUCCAACUCCUGAGCUGAAGCAAUCUACCCACCUCGGCCUCCCAGAGUGCUAGGAUUACAGGCGUGAGCCACUGAGCCCAGCCAGAAUAAUAAUUCUUGAACUUUAAAACAUCACUUUCUUAGGUACAGUAGAUAAAUUAGAGGCAGAUUUUCAAGUAGUUAAUAUAAAGAAGAGAUGAAGAUAGUUGCUGUUGUAAUCAGACGCGAGUUCACAUCUUGGUUUUGCUAUUUGCCAAUGUUCUGAGUAGUGUUAAAGUUAUAGUAUUGUGGCAAAUUUACCUUCAGAGUGCAGAAAGAACAUAUUCAUUGGAGAGCGUGCAGUAAAACUGUAUCAUUACAAUAGAAAUGGGAGCAAUUAGCGGUCAUUAGUUCACUAGACUUCCCAAAUUUGUCAGGAAUUGGGUUGAUCUAAUUUAGUUUCAAAUUAUCCCCAAAGAUAGUCGGAAUACAAACUAAAAGUGCCACAAAAUAUUUCAACAGGUGCCGUCCUGGAAAUAGAGUAUUAGGCAAUACAAUCAGACUGGGUAAUUUUAACGUUUAGAGUCUUUAGUGUUAAAUCCACUGAAUGUAUGACCAAGCUCAUACAUUUCGCGUAGGUACCCAGUCUGGGAUUACAGACAGGAGAUACUUCUCUUCUGCCAGGAAACUACGGGUAAGAAGUGACUAUUGGAAAACAACCCGCCAGAUUUCCUCCUACAGCACUGCAGGCACCGGCACAAAGUAAGAUGGCGCUUUCUCUGAGUCCCUCUCCAAGAGUAGAGAUUUCCAUGGGUGAGUCACGCGUUGGGCGGCAUCUUUCCCAUUACCCAAGAUGGUGAGCCGCACAGCCUCGUUUCCAGGUUUCAACAUGGACCCACUACUCUGCGCCACCAAACAGGUUAAUCUCGGGAACUAGACUGCACUCACGCGGAAGUGGCGCAAGCGGAAGUUUCGCUUCGCGAGCCCCGCCCCUAGGUCGCGACCCCGGUUACGCCCCGCCCCCGGCGGCGCGCAUAGCGCAGCCAAGAUGGCGACGGAGUCGGAGUACGAGUCGGUUCUGUGUGUAAAGCCGGACGUCAGCGUCUAUCGGAUUCCGCCCCGGGCCUCCAACCGCGGCUACAGGGCAUCUGACUGGAAAUUAGACCAGCCUGAUUGGACUGGUCGCCUCCGAAUCACUUCCAAAGGAAAGGUUGCCUAUAUCAAACUCGAGGAUAAAGUUUCAGGGGAGCUCUUUGCUCAGGCACCAGUAGAACAAUAUCCUGGUAUUGCUGUGGAGACAGUGACAGAUUCCAGCCGCUACUUUGUAAUCCGGAUCCAGGAUGGUACUGGGCGCAGUGCUUUCAUCGGCAUUGGCUUUGCAGAUCGGGGAGAUGCCUUCGACUUUAAUGUCUCUUUGCAAGAUCACUUCAAGUGGGUAAAGCAGGAAUCUGAGAUUUCUAAAGAAUCUCAAGAAAUGGAUACUCGUCCCAAGUUGGAUCUGGGGUUCAAGGAAGGACAGACCAUCAAGUUGAGUAUUGGGAACAUUACAACCAAGAAAGGAGGUGCUUCUAAGCCUAAGACUACAGUGGGUGGGGGCUUAAGCUUACUCCCACCCCCACCUGGAGGCAAAGUCACUAUUCCCCCACCGUCCUCCUCAGUUGCCAUCAGCAAUCAUGUCACCCCACCACCCAUUCCAAAAUCUAACCAUGGAGGUAGUGAUGCAGAUAUCCUUUUAGAUUUGGAUUCUCCAGCUCCUGUCACGACAUCAGCACCAGCUCCAGUUACUGCAAGCAAUGACUUGUGGGGAGACUUUAGCACUGCAUCCAGGUUUGUCCAGGUUACUGGCGUUGACCAAUAGAAGCAGAGAGAAUAUAAUACACACCUUAUCGAGAUGGAGGAUGGUUCAGCUUACAAGGAGCUGCUGUGGCUUCCAGAAUGGGAAAGCACUUGGAGAGGCUUCAAGAAGACUUACAGUUAACCCCAAGCAGACCUUAAGUUCACAUGUAAUGUGAGUGAGAAAUAAAUAUUUUGCUGUUGUAAGACACUAGGAUUUUAGGCUUGUUUGUGAUACAAUAUGCUCCAGUUACAAUGUGAUUUAUUACAAGGAGAAAGCGUGAGAAUUUUAGUAAUGUAUCUUACCUUGUCAUUAUGAGCUUAGAUUAUAAAGCCUCUGAGAUUCAAUGACCACUGUUGGGAGGAGUGAGUGUGCGUGCACAGCUGUCCACGUGCAAGUGCUUGUAAGGGCCAGUCAUUAAUUGUGGAGAACUUGGAAUUCCCUGAUCCUUUCCUUGUCCCUUGUCAUACUAUGUAAUUCAAUCCUAAAUAAAGCUGUAGAUGGCACAGAGCAAGGCAGGGUGGGGGAGCAGCCAUGGUCUGGCAGAGGAUGUCAGUCCUCAGGCAGGGGGAGAAGACUGUGCAGGGGGUCAUCUCGGCAGUGGUGAGGAGCCCACGCAGAGUGAGAGAGCACAGCUGUGGGGAUGGGACAGGGUUCUUACAUGGAGAACUAGAGCCUGUGCCUGGUGCAGAAGGUCCACAAUAGGGACAGCCUGGUGUGGGAUGCCAGAGCCUGAGAGGCAAAGGGGGCAUCUAUGUGGGGGGUGGCCGGGUGCAGGGAGAGGGAGCUCAGCACGGUGAGGAGGGCAUCCACACAGGAGGUCGCCUUGUAUGAGGAACCAGAGUCUCCAGUGGACAAGGGCAGGGUCCUCCUGGAGGGGCAGCCUGGUUGAGAUGUCAGCAUCUGGGAAAGGUGAGGACAUCACUCAUGCAUAGUGUUGACCCAGGGUGGGUUGGGACUCAGAGCCUAAGAAGGAUAAGGAAGAUAUUCAGGUGAGGGAGUAGCCCAAUGUGGGAACUCAGUUCCUAAAUAGGGUAGGGUGGGUAUCCUUGCUGGGGGUGGAGGACCUGACAUGGGGUGUCAGAGCCCAAGUAGGAUACAGAAGGUGCCUAUGCAGAGUGUAGACCUGGUGUGUGUUUCAGACAUGGAGCAAGAUGAAGCAUCUGUUCACAUGGUGGGAUAGCCUAGGGUGGGAGUCAGAGCCCUACAAGGUGAGGAGGGGUUCUACCUGUGCAGGGAACCUUGUGUGGGGUGUUAGAACCUAAGGGGGUCUAAAGCAGUGGCCAGGGGACCACUUGUGUGACAUUGAAAGAAAGUACUACCAUGAGAAUGUUACCACCUCUCACCCCCUACCAUAAGAAUGUGACCACCUCUCACCCCCUACCAUGAGAAUGUGACCUUUUGUAACUGUUCCAGGAGAUAGCCCCGAGCUGAAGCAGAUAAAAGGGCUAAGCAAAUGUUUAACUGUUAAGCAAAUGUUUAACUGUUAAUCUUGUCUUAAGACAGUUGAGUAAUGAACCAGAAUUCUUCUUAUCUAGAAAGCCCCUGCUAUGUCUGCUCCCCCUUCCUACUUUAUGGUUAAAGCCCCUGCUAUGUCUGCUACCCCUGCCUACUUUGUGGUUUUUGCCUUUAUAAGCUUGUAAAAUCUGCUGUUCGGGGCUUAACUCCUCUGCUCCUGAGAGAGUCACGAGCUAAGCCCCAGCAUGCUGGAAUAA